GAGGCCGGACAUGCGGAUCCCCGAGCCUCGCAUGGGCAGCCCCGCGUCACGCCGGCUCGUGGCUGGUGCCUUCACGGCGCCCGAGUUGUUGCCGGGAGUGGAGCUGGCCAGCGGCGGGGUAGCUGGCAAGCAGUCGAGCGACACCGAGUCCACCUCCGUCCUCUCCGAGGAGUCCUCGAUGCUUUCCAAGGACUGCCUUGGGCUCCACGGGACCAGUGAGAUGGCCGGUGAGGCUGAGCGGCCCCCCUGCACCUUGCUUGGGCACAAUCCUCUCAGCGGCGAUCCGUGCCGACGAGAUGAGGACCGCAAGGGUGAUCUGCCGAGUCUUGGCCAGAGCAUCUCCGGCAGGCCGUCCGUCUUCGACGUGCGUGAGAGGAUCCCGUGCUCUCCGGGCCGCAGCCGGUUCGGCCGCGAGCCAGCCAGGCCCACGCGCCCCGGAGAGGGGGCUCCCAGCCAGGCUUGCCCCGCCACGCCAUGA